GCAUCAUCAAUACCAACCUCAUCAACAAUACACGUCCUAUACAUAGUUACCGGUUCACGGUCCGUUGCCUCCUUCCCACACCAGCAGGAAAUUAUGCCGAAGGCACAGUCCACAAAUAGGUUCCAUUUGUGUUUGACCCUUAACGCCUCAUGCAUAUGGCUAAUCUUGUUCUUCCUUCCUUUUAGCGGCAUCACCUUCUCACCGUUCGCUUACUAUUGCUUACUCCGCUUCACCGCCUCAUGUCCCACGCCGGCGGUUCGGUCCUUGGAUCGGCACUGCGCGUUGAUGACGUCAAUAAGGUGGCAGUACCUAUCACCGCUUUCAAUGGUCGUGGCUGUGCGUCGGCGUCGGUGCUCACUGCAAAUGCUCCUAGUAUAUAAGUAAAGUGACUCACUUCCGACUCAUCCACAUUCAGUCUACAUCUUUCCCUCGAUCAAGUCGAUCAGUCCCAUGUCUUCUUUCGGAAACAACUCCUCUGACUACAACAUGACCAACUCCGUAUACUCAUACGAUCUACCGGCAUCGGCUUAUCCUGUUGACUAUCAAACGAACUCUUCCUCGACAUACCCUCCUUCCCCACCAUCGUCAAUGGACGGCACUUACGGCAGCAUUCGGAAGCGUCGCUCUCCUAUUGCUUCGAGUUCCCUUGGACUCGACGCGCCGACCCAGCCCCGCCGCUACGUGACCCCUUCCGUUACGUCCAGGAAAGAAAUCCCCGCUUUCUUCAUGAGGAGGAGACCCCAGUCGAUUCCAUCCGAUGAGGAGGAUGAAUUAACGGAGGAGCCGCCUGCGGCUGGUGCCACAGACCAAGAAAAGGUCGAAUACAAGAGGCGGCAGAACACGCUCGCGGCUAGGAGGAGCCGUAAGCGCAAGAUGCUCUACCAGCAUGAGCUGGAAGAGACGGUUAGAAGGCUGACGACAGAGAAGGAGAUCUGGAAGACUCGCGCCUUGACAUUGAGGCAGCUCCUGCAGAGCCAUGGAGUUCGCUGCCCCGACUUUGAAGAUGCAUAA